GGGAGUUCAGUGGGAGAAUGGGUUCCGUUUCAAGCUACCCCAAGAUGACGAGGUAUCUACAAUGAUAUAUGAAAUCAAUUACCAGGAUGGAUUUCAGAUCCCCUUCUCUCUCACCAUUAUCUAUGAUAGACACGACAAGGGUAGUAUUCUGGAUUUGGACCAGAUCAAGUUCAAUGCUCUGUGCUUUGUGUGGGACGCGGCUGUGUUUAGGGAUGUAGACUCUGAAGAUUGUAAAGAAAUGAAGAGAUUGGAGAAGAAAUGGAAGAUGGUGAACCUGUUGACACAUGCAGAUGGAAGGCAACUCUUUAAACACAUCGACACUGAGGACAUUCCAGUUCACUUCAAGUUCAAUCUGUCAGCGUUUACAGACCAAGCCAGGAGAAGCCAUGAUGAUGGUGAUGGAGCCAUGAUGAGGAGUCUCCAUGACUUGAUGAGGGAAAUCCGUGAGAUGAGGAGGACGGCAUUACAUUACACUGACAUGAUGUGGAUGCUUCACCCUAAAUGGAUGAUGAUGGAUGACCUUGACAGGAUUUGGAUGACGGUGAUGAUGAUGGAUCACCCUGACAUGAUGAUAUUGAUGAUGGAGCACCCUAAGAUGUGGGAGAUGAUGAUGCGCAACCCUGACAGGAUGAGGAGGAUGGUGAUUCGUCACCCUGAGAUGAUGGCGUUGAUGGAGGAGCGCUUCCCUGACAAGAUGAGGAUGAUGAUGAUAAACCACCCUGACCUGAUGGAGUCGAUGAAAAGUCAUGAUGGUGAUGGUGGUGGUGGUGGUGGUAAUGAUGGUGAUGACCAUCCUCAGUUUGAGAAGAUGUUCUGGGAUGCAGAUAUGGGGAGUAUGAAGAGGUUUUUCAAUACCUUGUUGAAAAUGAAGAGUUCAUGUUCGCUGGAAGACAUGUUUGUUUUAAAUGCAGACAUAUUGAGGUAAUUUAUUUAGCAGGGCAACCUCACCUUGUUAUCUUCUUGGUGUCCAUAAGGCAGAGAAGAGACCUCUCCGCUUUUGACCGUCUGAAGGCUAUUGGCCCUUCAUUUCCUUUAGUUUCCUUCUCCUGUUCUACUGUUCUACUGUUCUA